AUGGUUUUCGCUCCAGGUGAGAAGCCAGGGACGGAGCAAGAUGAAGUUAAGCUGCAGAUUGCCAGCAAGCAGAUUGUGCAGACUGCUAUCCUCCGAGCAGUGCAACAAGUUUCCCAGGAGAGCCAGCAAAAGGAGAAGCGAACAAACACCGGUACAAGCCUCCAACUAGAAAGAGGAAAACUUACCAAGAAGCAUGAAAAGAAGUAA